UUCCAUCGGUCACCAGCAAUAAGGCAAGAAUCAGAACCUUAGUGUUAGAAGGUUUGACCUCGGUCCCAACAUAACCUCGGUCCUCGUGCUACUGAGUCCCAAAAGGUUGCAAAUUGCAAUGAGCUGCGCUUGCCGCUCUGUUCUCCGGUAUCUCAAUGGAAACUCAGAGCUUGCUUUCAGGAUUCUGCGCAGACCCAACAAUAUUUUCAUCGUUUCGAAAUGCGAAAACCCCGUUCCUUUUUGCGUCAUCUCCUUCUUCUUCGGUAUCUUUUUCUCAGUGCCGUAAAUGGGUCCCCUACACAAUCCCUCCCUCUUCUCCGCAAAGGGCAUGGUCUAAGCAGAGAUUGAAUUGUACUAAUCGUGUAGAAAACGUAGGGGAUUCUAUUUCUCAUGGAAAAGAUUUUGAAAACGGGGUUAGAAGGAAAAAGCUUGCGGUUUUCGUCUCCGGUGGAGGGUCGAACUUCAGGUCCAUUCACGAAGCUUCUCUUCGAGGAUCAAUUCUUGGAGAUGUAGUUGUUUUGGUCACAAACAAACGAGGCUGCGGAGGUGCAGAGUAUGCAAAAGAUAAGGGCAUACCAGUUGUUUUGUUCCCCAAAUCAAAAGACAAACCUGAUGGACUCUCUCCAAGCGAACUUGUAUCUGCGCUUAGGAGAUUUGAGGUUGACUUUAUAAUCCUGGCGGGAUAUCUAAAACUUAUACCAGUGGAGUUGAUCCGAGCUUAUCAUAGAUCCAUAAUAAACAUCCAUCCAUCACUCCUUCCAGCUUUUGGAGGCAAAGGCUAUUAUGGUAUGAAGGUGCACAAGGCAGUCAUUGCUUCUGGAGCAAGAUACUCAGGUCCAACAAUACAUUUUGUCGAUGAGCACUAUGACACGGGUCGUAUCCUUGCUCAAAGUGUUGUCCCCGUGCUUGCUAAUGACACUGCAGAGGAGCUGGCAGCAAAAGUUCUUCAGGAGGAACAUCGGCUGUAUGUGGAGGUGACAGCAGCAUUAUGUGAAGAGCGGAUAAUUUGGAGGGAAGAUGGUGUUCCUCUCAUCCGUUGCAAAGAAAACCCCAGCCAUUACAGGUAGCACAACCAAACAUCAGCAAUCUCUGUUUUUGGUAAUGCUCUUGAUUCCAAUAUAUCACCCCUGCCUUGUCUUUAUACAAUACCCUACGUGAGUACGUUCAAAUACCCAAACCUGAGAAGCACUCCUAACCAGCCAAUAUAGGGGGAAUAUUGGGGAGAGAGAGAGAGAGAGAGAGAGAGAGAGAGAGAGAGAGAGAGAGAGAGAGAGAGAGAGAAGCCAAUUUAUGGAGCCUGGUUACUGAUCCAUUAUAUGUGGAUGAACUGCCUUGCAAGUAUUUUUUUGUGAUGUUGGCUGUUUUUAAACUAGCCUGACAAAUUGACAGGCGGCUUUUUCUGACUGGUAAAUGAGCUUAAAACUUCGGAAUUGAUUUAUUUGACUUUGAUUCA